CUAUGGCUCCUCUUCCGGGUUACGACGCGGCAUCAUGGCGGCGCACCUGAAGAAGCGGGUGUAUGAGGAGUUCACCAAGGUGGUCCAGCAGCAGCAUGAGGACCUGUCCACCAAGAAGCUGCGGCUGACCAAGCCCAGCAAGUCGGCAGCGCUGCAUGUGGACCUGUGCAAAGCCACCUCGCCUGCAGACGCCUUGCAGUACCUGCUCCAGUUUGCCAGGAAGCCCGUGGAAGUGGAGAGCGUGGAAGGGGUUGUCAGGAUCCUGCUGGAGCAUUAUUACAAGGAGAAUGAUGCCUCUGUGAGACUGAAGAUUGCAUCCUUGCUGGGGUUGUUGUCAAAGACUGCAGGAUUUUCCCCAGACUGCAUUAUGGAUGAUGCCAUUAACACGCUUCAGAAUGAGAAGUCUCACCAAGUCCUCGCUCAGCUCUUGGACACCCUGUUGGUGAUUGGCACAAAACUCCCAGAGAAUCCGUCUGUCAGGAUGAGGCUGGUGGAGGUAGCCUGCAAGCAUCUGACAGAUUCUUCUCAUGGUGUAAGGAAUAAGUGUCUUCAGCUCAUUGGCUGUCUUGGCCCAGUGGAAAAAGGUGCUGCAAAAGAGGCUGAAAGCCAGGCGGCCAAAGAUGUCCAGAAGAUAAUAGGAGAUCAUUUUAGUGAUCAGGACCCUCGAGUUAGGACUGCAGCUAUAAAAGCCAUGCUACAGCUUCAUGAAAGAGGAUUAAAGUUACAGCAAGCUAUUUAUAGUCAGGCCUGCAAGCUGUUGGCAGAUGAUUAUGAGCAAGUGCGCAGCGCUGCAGUUCAGCUGAUUUGGGUCCUCAGUCAACUCUACCCUGAAAGCAUCGUCCCGAUUCCUUCUUCCAAUGAAGAAAUUCGCUUGGUUGAUGAUGCCUUUGGAAAAAUUUGCCAUAUGGUUAGUGAUGGUUCCUGGGUUGUAAGAGUACAAGCUGCAAAGUUAUUGGGUUCUAUGCAACAAGUUAGCUCCCAUUUCUUGGAGCAGACGCUUGACAAGAAGCUCAUGUCAGAUCUGAGGAGGAAGCGCACUGCACAUGAGCGAGCCAAAGAGCUCUACAGCUCUGGGGAGUUUUCAAGUGGCAGAAAGUGGGGAGAUGAUGCUCCCAAGGAGGAGAUCGAUACUGGUGCUGUGAACUUGAUUGAAUCAGGAGCUUGUGGGGCCUUUGUUCAUGGCCUGGAAGAUGAGAUGUACGAGGUUCGAAUCGCUGCCGUUGAAGCCCUGUGUAUGUUGGCUCAGUCCUCGCCUUCUUUUGCGGAGAAAUGCCUGGAUUUUUUGGUUGACAUGUUUAAUGAUGAAAUUGAGGAGGUCAGAUUGCAGUCAAUACACACAAUGAGAAAGAUUUCCAACAAUAUCACGCUGCGGGAAGACCAGCUGGAUACUGUGUUAGCUGUCUUGGAGGAUUCCUCGAGGGACAUUCGGGAAGCCCUUCAUGAACUGCUGUGUUGCACCAAUGUUUCAACUAAAGAAGGCAUCCAUCUUGCACUGGUGGAGCUGCUGAAAAACCUGACCAAGUAUCCCACAGACAGAGAAUCCAUAUGGAAAUGCUUGAAGUUCCUGGGAAGCAGGCAUCCCACUCUGGUGCUUCCGUUAGUCCCAGAGCUGCUGAGCACGCAUCCAUUCUUUGACACUCCGGAACCGGACAUGGAUGACCCAGCCUACAUUGCUGUUCUGGUUCUGAUUUUUAAUGCUGCCAAAAGUUGCCCAACGAUGCCUGCCCUGUUCUCUGACCAUACCUUCAGACAUUACGCGUAUCUUCGGGACAGUCUCUCUCACCUGGUCCCUCCAUUACGAUUGCCAGGUAGGAAGCUGGUGUCGUCUGCUGUCUCUCCCAGUAUUACUCCACAUGAGGAUCCUUCCCAGCAGUUCCUGCAUCAGAGCCUGGAGAGGGUUUACAGUUUUCAGCACCUCGACCCCCGGGGCAUCCAGGAGCUGCUGGAAUUCACCAUCCGUGAUCUUCAGAGGCUUGGAGAGCUGCAGUCAGAACUGGCAGGAAUGGCAGAUUUCAGUGCAACUUACCUUCAGUGUCAGCUGCUCCUCAUCAAGGCCUUGCAGGAGAAGUUGUGGAACGUGGCAGCUCCCCUGUACCUGAAACAGAAUGCAUUGGCAUCUGCUGCAGCAAAACAGAUCCUGGAAGAAACGUACAAGAUGGAGUUCAUGUACAGCGGGGUGGAGAGCAGACAAGUGGUCAUCAUCCACCACAUGAGACUGCAGGCGAAGGCCUUGCAGCUCAUAGUGACUGCCCGCACCACCAGAGGAGUGGAACCUCUUUUUGGGAUGUGUGAAAAAUUCCUCCAAGAAGUGGAUUCCUUUCAGAGAUGUUUCAUCUCUGAGCUGCCACAUAUGCAAGGCAGUUUUGUAGAUAAACUGUUGGACUUAAUGCCCAGACUUGUGACGUCCAAGCCUUCAGAAGUGGUCAAGAUUCUUCAGACAACACUGCGGCAAAGUACCUUCCUCCACCUUCCUCUGCCAGAGCAGCUCCAUAGGGCCACUGCAAAUAUCAUUGAGCCUACUGGUGAAUCUGAUAAUCCCCUGAGGUUUACAUCAGGAUUGGUUGUGGCACUGGAUGUUGAUGCAACUCUGGAGCAUGUGCAGGAUCCCCAAGGAACUGUUAAAGUUCAGGUGCUGUAUCCAGAUGGACAAGCACAGCUAAUCCACCCUAAACCAGCUGACUUCCGAAAUCCUGGCCCUGGGAGGCACAGGCUGAUAACUCAGGUUUACCUCUCGCACACAGCCUGGACAGUGCCCUAAACCCCUCCUUUAGCUCUGAUGAUGAUGAGACUCCAACAUUCGCCUUCAGUCUCAGCUGCUGUUCACACUUCCCCAUGGAAGCCUUCAGUAAUUGGCUUGUGGACUUCAAACAACAAAACCAGAUUUCAAACAACAAAAAAAUCAUUUGCAGCUCCCUUUGUCCUGUUUUCUUUUAAUCCUUUCACCUUUAUUCAAAUGUGGGGGUUUCCUCUGAGAGGUUUUUUUUCUGAGCAGUUUUUCAUUGGAUUUGUUGAUUAUUUUUGGUUUAACCAACAUAAUUUUGUUUAUUGCUGUGUUCCUUCACAUACCCUUUUUUUUAAUAUAGUACUUCCAUGGUGUACUCACUCAUCCUGCUGUCUUUGUUUUGUUUUGGAGAAGAAAACAUGGUAUUGUUUCUAGGAAGUAUCUGGGUUUAGGGGUUGAUCAUAUUACUUCACCAGAGGGAGCUGAAGCCCUUAUUUGUACUUUUGCAGUGUUCCCUGGAAGGGCCACUGAGGGAUUCUGUUCUGCUGUCUCCUCUAGGCAUUAUUUUAACCAUUAACUUUGACAUUGGCACUUAGGCAUAUAAAACAGGGGGAAGACACUGAGCUGGGAGGGGCUCAGGAAACAGGGUCAGAAUUCAAAGUGCAGAAAUUGCCUUAAUUCAAGACAGUGAAACUCAUUAAAGUCCAGCAGAAAGAGUGUGCUUGGAAAGGAAAGUGCCCAAGUGCAAAGCACUGAUUAACUGUCAGGUGUAGAGCAGAAGUGAAAGAGGUGACUGCAGGCUGCAGGUAGGAGUUGGUGGAGUGAUGAGAAGGUGAGCUCAGGGAGGUGUUGGCUGAAGCGUGGUGGAACUGUGCAAAAGGGUUCUUGUGUCCUGUCUGGUGCUAAUGAUGUCUCAGCUGGAGACCCCCUGCAGUUCUCAACGUGGCAUCUUAAAGUCCUGUGGGUUUCAGCAGGUUUCAGUGGAGGUUUCAUUACGGAGGUCCUGUUGGGGGUUAUCCCUGGUAUACAGUUAAGUCCCGCACACCACCUGGUGCUCCCUGCCCAGUGGGGACGGGUGUAAGAUCAGAAGGGCAAUGUGAGAAAACUCAUGGGUAUUACACUGUGCAGCAAUAGCUACAACAUCCCUGUGUUACUGACACUGUUUUGGUCACAAAUCCAAAACAAGGCAUCAUGCGAGCUACUAUGAAGGAAAAUUAACUUUAUCCCAGCCCAAAGCAGAACAGUCCAUAAAGAAAACCUAAACAAAUCUGGUUUUCAGUCUAGAAAGAAGAAUUUUGUUGGGUAUGUAAGUCCAGCAGUUAGUCCAGGGUAAUACUGUGUAUACUGAAACCCCAGUUCUGUUUUGACCACUGUCAAGAAGAGUAAAGUGAAAUCAUCCUAUGAACAGUAUUAGGAACCUUGCUCUGCCCAGCUGCAUAGUUGGUGAAAGAGAGGAAGAGGCUGUCUGGUGUGGAAAAACUUCCAACCAAGGAGAAUCUUCAAGUAAUCGCCUGUGCCACAGGUCUUACAGAUGUCAUCUGGGUUGAUCCUGACAUAAAUACAGUGAGCAGGGCCUGCUAGUUCUGUAGGGGUUUUAAUGAUUGUUAUUAUUUCAUUGGAGUUACUUUCCAACAGUUACUUUUGAAAGUUGCAAGUUAGUGGUAAGAUUUUUUAAGUGAUGACAAAGAGAGGGGAAUAAACCUAGAAUAGUCCUUAGUUCUGCUGUGCUGAAUGUAAUGCCAAAGGCUUGUUUUCAGACUGUAGACUGGAUUCUGGCCACUCCAGAACAGCUCUGUAUGUACCCAGCAUACAUGAAAUUAAGAUUUAUUUGAUGUUGAUUGUUCACUGUGCAAUGACAAUCAUGUUU